AUGGCGGACAAGACCCUUUGGCGAGAUUUGAGGCGGCUCAAAUCAAAUCCCAAGCGGCACGGAUCCACAACCUCUGCCGAGAGUGGGGCCGACCGGUACGGCGACUCUACAUUUGACAAUUUUUACAAUCUCGUCCGUGUUCGGUCCGGAACGCCAAUCAUUUCCCAUCUACAUCCGUUGCACAUCCUCAUUUCUACCCGUCGAGCAAACACCAGACGUUUGCACCCGCGGCCAAACGAUAACAUGAUCACCAGCAUAGGCGCCAGGGCCGCCUCAAGGUCCCUCGCCUGUUCGACAUGCCAACGGCGCGCAAUAAGCCUCUCGGCGCCGUUACUCCAACAGCAAAAGCCGCAACCAAAACAGCCGAGACCACCACCGCCGCCACCCGCAAAACCAUCCGCCCUGAACAGUGAGGAGCAGCAGUCAGAGGUCCUGCUCGAGAAGCCGAGCUUCGUCAAGGCGCUUACCGAAGAUCAGAAGCCGCCAGAGGCCAGCCCAUUUGGAGACGCGCCGAGGUCUUAUGGCAAGCAGUCCGACGAGACAUUCAAGCCGCGGCCGCUGGCCCGCCCCAUCGGCAUGAAGGAUCCGCCCAUGCCGGGAGACAACUCCGGGCUGGAUUUUCGGACGAUCCAGCAGCGGAGGGACGAUUUUGUAAACUACGAGAAGCACCUCAUCAAGCGGAAACAGAUGAUCGAUCAGUACGUACGCCCCUAUUUCCGCGACUGGAGCAACAUGCAAUGGCACAAGGGCAAAUCCUUUGUUGCGCCCCCUCGGCUCUUCAAGGCCGAGCACGCCCUCUACUUCCCCAACUUUUACGGCAAGACGCUGUCCAAGGCCGACCCGAUCCCGCGCGACACGACGACGACGCUGGCUGGCAAGGCGUCGGUCGUAUCCAUCUUCAGCAGCCAGUGGGCCGAGAGCCAGGCCAACUCGUUCAUCGGCGUCAAGGAGAACCCGGAGCUGCACGAGGUCCUAAAGGCGAACCCCGGGCCGGCGCAGCUGGUCAGGAUCAACGUCGAGGAUCAGCUGCUCAAGCAGUGGGUGCUGAGCCUGUUCGAGGGAAAUCUGAGGAGGCAGGUCGGCGAGGAGAACUGGGAGCGCUACUUUAUCGUCAAGAACGCCAUCUCCAUGGACAUCAGGGAGUCUAUAGGUGUCUUGAACGCCCGUGUGGGCUACACCUACCUCGUCGACAGCAGCUGGCGUAUCCGCUGGGCAGGCAGUGGAUACAGCGAGGAGGAUGAGCGUAAGAGCUUGGUCAAGGGCCUGCAACGCUUGCUGAGGGAGAUGGAGGCCGAGGGUUGA